UUCCAAGGUUGCAUCUUGAUCCGCGAUGGACUCGCUGGCGGCGCUCAUGGCAGGCGGCCAAGUCGAACCCGACGGCGAGUACAUCCUGACGAUCACGAUUGGAAAUAGUCUGGAAAUGAAGAUCACGGUGGCGCCAGACGACGGACAAGCUCCCGGGACUCUGUUUGCCUACCACGUGUGGAACGGCGCAACGUGCUUGGCUGAGUACUUCGCCGCCAACCCGACACUUGUUCAAGGAAAGUCGGUGGUCGAGUUCGGUGCGGCCUCAGCAUUGCCGUCGUUAGUCGCGCUGCAUCAUGGUGCUAAGGUGGCCGUCAUGACCGACUACCCCGCCGACGUCUUGCUGCAAAACAUUCGAGCCAAUGUUGAACGGAAUCAAGCUCUUCUGAACAACGGUUUGCCGGUUGUGGUGGGGCAUUUGUGGGGCUCAGACGUCACGGACGUCGUCGUGCAUUCGCAACACCACACAGGGGAUCCAAGCAAUCCGUCGCCUCGAUUCGACGUUGCAAUCGUGGCAGAGUGUCUUUGGAUGCACCGCGAGCACCACAACCUGGCAAAGUCCAUCGAUGAGUGCUUGGCCCCCAACGGCACGGCCUUCAUUUGCUUUAGCCACCACGUUCCUGGCGUGGAACAUUGCGACUUGGCCUUCUUCGACGUUGUCAAGGCUCGAUUCCCUUGCUCUGUCGUUCUCGCCAAGACAUUCAACGUCCAGGCCGUAUUCAAUGCUGCCAAGACCAAGCAAGAGUUUUUGUACGUCAUCACUAGGCUAGACACCCCCGCCGACCGCACAUAACUAAAACAAUCGCGUCAUUUUGUGC